AUUAUGAUGGUGCACAUCUACAUGUCAAAGAUAAUGUAGGUAAAACGUGAAAUCCCAUUUGGCUGCGCUGUUAAGUUACCUUCUCUUUUAUAAGCAUGGAGUGACUGUUCUUGAGGAGAAAGAUGUUUCUGCUGUCAUAUUGAUAAGUGAGAGCUGCAGCACUGACAGUUGAUGGCGAUGAGCAUCAGCAUCGAGGCAAAGCACAGCUGUUAUGAGGAGAGGGUGGGGGUGCAGUUCUGGAAGAUUCUGCAGGAAUCUGACGAGUGGACCCCAUUUCAUUCGUUUAUUGUGGGGACUGUUUCUAGGAGCUAGGUGGGUUAGCCUUCCCUGUCAAAGCCACAACUGUGGUGGGGGACUAAAGGUAUAAGGACUAAAGGUAUAAGGGUGAGUUUUCUCACUUUAGUAUACAAGCUUGCUUGUCACCAUCAAACAUCUAUUGGAAUUUGUAUACCUCUAGAUACGUUGGUUUGACUUGACGUUGCAUGCUAAUUGUAUCUCAGAUGUUAUUUUUCUUUUCAUGUAGGUUGCUAAGCUACGUAACCAGACCAGCUAACGUUAAUUCAUCUGACGAGACAAGCUAACGAGAUGGUAUCGAAUAUCUAGCUAACGUUAAAACAAUAUAAUUACAGCCAACGCACGUUAACAAACGCUGUAUUUGCUGCUGGCUUCUGCUGCAUACUAGCUAACCAGGCUAAGUAGAAACAACAAACUACAGUAGCUAGCUAACGUUACAUCACUAGCUACCCCGCUAGCAUGAAUACAUGCUAACAUUAGCUUGGUAGCUAAACUGCAGCACUCUCAUUGAUGUUCGCAUAGAUGUAGCGCUAGCGUCGGGAAAACGUAGGGUGCAGUCCCGACUACCAGUGCUAGUUCACCUCUCCACGUUGCCAUAUCCAAAUAGUCAUAACGUCUUUGACAUUUCGUGCGACCCAUAUUAAAGAAACGCUGUUGUUGACAACAUCUCUUUGCCUAACAUGAAAUGUUCCUGCAAGUUAUAUCCAAAAUAUCUGCAGAUAAUAAAGUAUUGUCGUUUUCUAGCCAGCGUCACCGACGGCAUCUCUUUUGUUUUGUACCAUGUAGGAACCACCCUGUCCACAUAAUUCAACUCAUCAAUACGAGAUCAAACGCUAUCCUGCUCUUAAAAUGUGUUCAUUACAGAGCCAAUGACUGGAACACACUGAUACCUUCUCCUCACUGCAGAGAUGUCAAAGAGACCAUCACAUGCCCCACCGCCUCCCCCCGCCCCUACAACACAAAUGCCCAACACUGCCGGGUUUGUGGGCUACAACCCAUACAGCCAUCUGGCCUACAACAACUACAGACUGGGAGGGAGCCAAAGCAGCAACAGUCGGGUAACGAAUUCCUCUGGAACAAAUAUCCCAAAGCCACCCAAGCCACCCGAUAAGCCAUUGAUGCCAUAUAUGAGAUAUAGUCGUAAGGUUUGGGAUCAAGUAAAAGCCUCCAAUCCUGAUCUGAAGCUAUGGGAAAUUGGGAAGAUAAUCGGUGGCAUGUGGAGGGACCUCACUGAUGAGGAGAAACAGGAUUAUUUGAAUGACUACGAAGCAGAGAAGAUUGAGUAUAACGAGAGCAUGAAGGCCUAUCACAACUCGCCAGCCUACCUGGCCUACGUCGCUGCAAAAAGCCGGGCCGAGGCCGCCCUGGAAGAGGAGAGCCGCCAGAGGCAGUCCAGACUGGACAAGGGCGAUCCUUACAUAAGCAUUCAGCCAGCGGAGGAUCCAGAUGAUUACGACGACGGGUUUUCAAUAAAGCACUCGGCUGCAGCUCGUUUCCAACGCAACCACCGUCUGAUCAGCGAGAUCCUCAGUGAGAGCGUAGUCCCAGAUGUGCGCUCAGUUGUUACCACUGCUCGCAUGCAGGUCCUCAAACGCCAGGUCCAGUCUCUGAUGGUGCACCAGAGAAAAUUGGAAGCAGAGUUGCUUCAGAUUGAAGACCGCCACCAGGACAAGAAAAGAAAAUUCAUCGAUGCUACAGAGUCGUUCACGAAUGAGCUCAAAAGGCUGUGCUGUCUGAAGGUGGAAGUGGACAUGGAGAAGAUUUCUACGGAGAUCUCUGCAGCAGAAGAGACAGCUCGCAAACGAAUGGUAGAACGCGAUAAGGAUGCAGGAGACAGAGGCACAAGAGAUGCCCCAACCUGUGUGUUGGCAGAAGAAGAAAAACACAUCUGUGCCACACAUGGCAAUAAGUCCCAGCAAAACUCUCAAAGUGAAAGUAGCAACAAAGAAGGCGAGGAAGCAGAAUCCAACGCCACAGAUACACCAGGGAAGCCAAAAGCUUCAGAGGAGCUCGAGACUCAUCCAGGCAGUGAGGAGGGGGCAUCCGAGGACAAGGAGAGCGUCCCAGAGGGAGCCAUGGAGGAGGGAACCAGCGACAGUAACACAGGCUCAGAGACCACCUCUGCUCAGACAGAAGAUGCCCCGAUUAGUGAGCCAUCAGAGGGGUCCAGCAGGGCAAAAGCAGCCCACUGAGUCCAACAAGGUUCACCAGCUGUGAACUCUAAGGCUAUCAUUGCGUCUGCCGGUCUCCGGUAUCACCCUCUGAUAACAUAUAUUGCACAGUAACAUCUUAGUUUGUCAAAGAAUAUGAAGAACAUUUAGAUGGGCUCAAUGUUUUAACACGCCUGAGGGAGAGAGGAUGUUUGAGUUGAGUUUGAAAACACCAAGGCUUGCAGACAUGCGCUGAAUACAAAAAAAUGAUAAAAAAUGUAAAGCUGACAAAGCAAAGGUCCUGUCUAAAAUCAAUGGCUGCUAAGUGCACCCAUGUGAAAGCACUAUAUUU